UGUUACAGAUGCUGUAAACAUUAGCUAGCAAAACGAUCAAAAAUAUAUAACAUGGGAGACGAAAUAUCGAUAUUCUUAGUGGUGAUUCUUGCAAUUGGUGGUUUAAUGAUGAUGAGCGCAUUGCUAGCCUGCUAUGCCUGUAUCUUCAGAGAUCUCUGUUGUAGACCAGAGGACAGAUCAAAAAGAAGACGUCCUCAGAGUCCUCAGCAUGAACACGACGAUCCUAACAGACCAAGAUUGGAUGCCAUACUUCUGAACGACAUUACACAAGGAGAAAGUAUGCCUACCGAAUCUGAGAAGGUUUAAUCAAAAGAAACUAUACAAAAUAUAAAAUUAACAUCAAGAAUGAAAUUCUUGGACGUAAAUUGGUACUCUUAAGAGAAGACUAAUUACACACAAAAUAAGGAACAUUAUAUGUCUUUCAUUGUUAAUAGUUGUA